GACCCUGGGGCCUGUGGGUCCUCCAGGUGGGCUCCCUAGGAAGAUGGGAGCUACCCAAGGACAGUUGUGGGCCCAGCUCUGAGGACAGAAAGCACUUUGAGAAGGCCGCCUCCCACCUGCUGGGCAUGCAGGGCGCCAGGCCCUGUCCCCCAAGGUCACCUCUGGAGUUGAUAUGGGUGUCCCUCCCAAGAGCUCCAGCUCAGCUAUACAUAAAGGCAGGGCCACCCAGCCUCUGUUUCACCAUCAUGCAGGGGCCACCCCUCUCUCUGCUGGCACUGCUGCCGGCAACCCUGGGGGCUGUGCUACAGGCUGACACCCUCAAAGAGCUGGCCACCAGCACUGGGGGCCUCAUCUUCCUUGAAGAUGGGAUCUGGCCGCCCAGCAGUCCCCCAGAGCCCUCGUGCCUGGUGACACUGAAAGGAGAGGGGAACGCGAGCAAAGCUUCCCUGAGGGUUGUCGGGGGGCUGGGGAGCUACGAGCAUGCCUUCCUGGAGGCUGUACGGGAGUCUCACUGGGGACCCCAAGACCUGGCCACCUUCGGAGUCUGCAGUCUUGGCUCCCAGCCCACCCUGCCAGCUCUGCAGCGCCUGGGUGCCUGGCUAGAGGAGGCUGGGGGGCAGCAGUUGCUGGUCCUGCAUCUGGCUGAAGUGAUAUGGGAACCCAGGCUGUUGCUGAAGUUCCAAGAGCCUCCAGCUGGGGAAGCCAGGUCCUGGGAGCAGGCCCUGCUGGUGCUCUACCCUGGGCCCGGCCCCCAGGUCACAGUCACAGGGACUGGGCUGCAGGGCACACAGAACCUCUGCCCUACUCGGGACACCCGUUAUUUGGUGCUGGCUGUGGACUUCCCAGCCGGCGCCUGGAGCGACCCUGGCCUGACCCUAACCUUUCAGCCACACGGAGAAGGUGCCGCCCUGAGCAUCGCCCAGCUGCAGGCCUUUCUGUUUGGCUCCGACUCCCGCUGUUUCACACGCAUGACUCCCACCCUGCUGCUGCUGCCGCCACCUGCCGGGCCGUCCCCGCAGCCAGCGCAUGGCCAACUGGACACCAUGCCUUUCCCGCAGCCCGGGCUGUCUCUGGAGUCAGAGGACUUGCCACACAGCGCUGACCCCUUCCUAGAGACCCUCACUCGCUUGGUGCGUGCGCUGCGAGGACCCCUGACUCGGUCCUCGCACACACGUCUAGCCCUGGACCCUGACGCGCUGGCCAGCUUCCCACAGGGCCUGGUCAACCUGUCAGACCCCGCAGCACUGGAACGCCUGCUGGACGGGGAGGAACCCCUGCUCCUGCUGCUAUCACCCACUGCGGCCACCACGGGAGAACCCACGCCGCUUCACAGCCCCGCUUCUGCUCCCUGGGCAGCCGGCCUAGCACGCAGGGUGGCUGUGGAGCUCCAGGCAGCGGCCUCGGAGCUGCGGGACCUCCCCGGCUUGCCACCCUCCGCACCCCCGCUGCUGUCGCGUCUCCUGGAGCUGUGCCCCAAUAACUCCGGCAGCCCUGGGGACCCGCUACGCGCACUGCUGCUGCUGAAGGCUCUGCAGGGUCUCCGUGCUGAGUGGCGUGGGCGGGAAGGGCGCGGGAGGACCGGGCGCAGCGCGGGGACAGCAGCAAACGAGCUGUGUUCACUGCGCGAGCUGAGCGUGGACCUGAGCGCAGAGCGCUCUGUCCUCAUCCCGGAGACCUACCAGGCCAACAACUGCCAGGGCGCCUGCGCGUGGCCCCAGUCUGACCGCAACCCGCGCUACGGGAACCACGUGGUGCUGCUGCUGAAGAUGCAGGCUCGAGGGGCCGCCCUGGGGCGCGUACCCUGCUGCGUGCCCACUGCCUACGCGGGCAAGCUGCUCAUCAGCCUGUCUGAGGAGCGCAUCAGCGCACACCACGUGCCCAACAUGGUGGCCACCGAGUGUGGCUGCCGGUGAUGGCCGUCCUGCCCCCAGUCAGAGCCCCAAUAAAGAGCAGCAAACACU